GGCGACGCCAUCCGAACUUUCCCCGCACACGGACUUUCCUCGGCGAACGCGCAGUGCAGCUGCUCUCGCCGUCGCGCAUAAGACAACGACCAUGCCGCCCCUCUGCGCUUCUCCUCGCGCCCCCGCCUCACCACACGCGAUAUACAAUGCCACCGUCCGAUAUUGCACGCGCCGACAUCGACGCGCUCGUCGACCAGCUCACCACCGACGAGGCCAUCCUUCUCACCGCCGGCGUCGGCUUCUGGCACACCCACGCCGUCCCUCGUCUCGCCAUCCCCGCGCUCAAGACCUCGGACGGGCCUAACGGGAUCCGCGGCAACCACUUCUUCAUGGGCACUCCCGCCAAAUGCCUCCCCUCUGCCACCGCCCUCGCCUCCACGUUCGACCCCGAGCUGCUGUACGCCGCAGGCCGCAAGCUGAUCGCGCGCGAGGCCCACCUCAAGGCCGCAUCCGUCUGGCUCGGUCCAACGGUCAACACCCAGCGCAGUCCCCUCGGCGGCCGCUCCUUCGAGUCCUUCUCCGAGGACCCCCACCUGAGCGGCAUGUGCGCCGCCGCGUACAUCAACGGCGUGCAGGAGGGCGGCAUCGCGAGCUGCAUCAAGCACUUUGUUGCGAACGACAAGGAGAACGACCGCAUGGCCUACGACGCCAUCCUCAGCGAACGUGCCCUUCGCGAGAUAUAUCUCAUGCCGUUCAUGCUCGCCGAGAAGUACGCCCAUCCGUGGUGCUUUAUGACCGCGUACAACCGCGUCAACGGCACGCACGUCUCCGAGAAUCCAAAGAUCCUCCAAGACAUCCUGCGCAACGAGUGGGGCAGCAACGCGCUCGUCAUGAGUGACUGGUUCGGCGCGUACUCGGUCGACCACGCGAUCAACGCCGGACUGGACCUCGAGAUGCCGGGCACGAACAAGUGGCGCACGCUCGAUCUCAUGAACCGCUCCAUCCAGAGCAGGAAGAUCAUGAAGCGCACGGUGAAAGAGCGCGCGCGCAAGGUCCUCGAGCUUGCACAGCGGUGUGCAAAGGCCGCGCCCGAGAUCCUCGAUGGCGACGGCCUCGAGCGCACGGAAGACACGCCCGAGGAGCGCGCGCUCAUGCGCGAACUUGCCGCGGCGUCGAUCGUGCUGCUCAAGAACGAGGGUGGCGUCCUCCCGCUGAAGCCCAAGGCGCAAGGCAUCAAGAAGCUCGCGAUCGUCGGCGGGAACGCGAAGGCGGCGGUGCUGAGCGGCGGCGGGUCCGCUGCGCUCAAGCCGAGCUUCUUCGUGAGUCCAUACGAUGGGAUCGUCGCCGCGCUCGGCGAGGUCGCGCCCGACGUCGAGGUCACGUACUGCGAGGGCGCAAGGGCGUACAUGCUCACGCCGAGCCUCGACUGGGACAUGUUCACCGAGGACGGCCGGCGCGGGUGGAUGGGCGCGUGGUACGCGCACGAGAGCGACGAGAGCAUGGUGCCCGUGAAGAUGUCGGUGAAGACGCAGUACAUCGACGAGACGAGGAUGUUCUUCAGCACGAGCUAUCCCGCGGAGCUGACGAAGCGCUGGACGCUCAAGGUGACGGGCUUCCUCAAGCCGCGCGAGACCGACUGCGACUUUGAGUUUGGGCUCUCGUCCGCCGGGCGCGCGAAGCUGUACGUCGACGGCAAGCUCGUGAUCGACAACUGGACGCGCCAGAUGCGGGGCGAUGCGUUCUUCGGCUCGGGAUCGACGGAGGACAAGGGCGUGGUCCCGCUCAAGGCAGGCGUCAAGCAUGAGAUCGUCGUCGAGUACUGCAACGUGCGCGCGCCGGCGGCGGACGACCCGGACGAGGCGGUGAUGGACUCUAAUCCGGGUGUGCGGCUCGGCGGGGCGGUAGUGGAGGACGCGGAUGCAUUGAUGGCGCGCGCGGAGCGGGUGGCGGCUGAGGCGGAUGCGGUGGUCGUCGUCGUAGGACUGAACGCGGACUGGGAGACGGAGGGGUACGAUCGGACGACGCUUGCGCUCCCCGGGCGGACAGACGAGCUCGUGUGGCGCGUGGCGAGGGCGAACAAGCGCAAGCGCACGGUGGUCGUUACGCAGGCGGGCUCGGCGAUCGCGAUGCCGUGGGCGGAGGAGCCGGGCGUGCUGGGGAUUGUGCAUGCGUGGUAUUUGGGGAACGCGACGGGCGAGGCGAUAGGGGAUGUUUUGAUUGGGAGGGUGAAUCCGUGUGGGCGGAUGAGCUUGACGUUUGGGAGGAGGUUGGAGGAUUAUGCGAGUUUUGGGCAUUUUCGGUCGGAGAAUGGGAGGGUGCGGUAUGGGGAGGAUUUGUUUGUGGGAUAUAAGCAUUUUCAUCAUCGCGGGAUCGCGCCGCAAUGGCCCUUUGGCUACGGCCUCUCCUACACGACGUUCGCCUUCUCCAACCUCUCUCUCUCCUCUCCGACCAUCGCAAACGGCGACCUCACCCUCACCGCCACACUGACGCUCACCAACACCGGGCCCGUCACCGGCUCGGAGGUCGUCCAGCUGUACGUGUCGAUGCCUACCACCUCGGAGCUCACGCACCCGCCGCUUGCGCUCAAGGCGUUCGUGAAGGUGAAGGAUGUCAAGCCGGGGGAGAGUCGGGAGGUGGUGUUGAAGCUUGAUAAGUAUGCGGUGAGUUAUUGGGAGGAGAGGAUUGGGAGGUGGGUUGUGGAGAGGGGGGAGUAUGGUGUGAGGGUUGGGAGGAGUAGUGCGAUGGAGGAGUUGGGGUUGGUGGCGAGGUUCAGGGUUGAGAAGGGCUUUGAAUGGAAUGGGUUGUAGGUGCGCGUGAGUUGUGCUGUUCCGUGGACAGUGCUAGUGAUGUAUAGUAGGUGCCAGACGCGG